CGAGGCCGCGCCAUUCCCUCUGCGAGAAGGAGAAGGCUGGCAAUUCGGACACAGGAGUGAAGGAAACGGUUGGAGGGCGGGAGUUGUGGAGUCAGACCCAAGCCUGUGAGCAGGAGGACUACAACUCCCAAAACCCCUUGCGGCAGCACAGCAAAUAGAUAAAUACUGUAUAUAAAACGGAGCGGGGCGGCUGACUCCUCUCCUUCCGUCGCCGUCUAAUUCUCGCCUCCCAUUGGCCGGGGUUGGGACGCGUACAGACCAAUAGGCUUUCGAUAUACAUGGCUGACAGUGAAGCCAACAAAACUGCGGGCGCCUUGUGGGCUCUGGAAGUGGGGAUGACCCGCGUGCCUGGUUGUUGAUGCUGCCGCCGCCGGCUUGUUGGCACGGACAAGAGAGCCAUGGAGCGGGAAGAAGGGGAGGUGGAGUCUCCUGGCCUCUGCAAGAUUUCUUCCGUGGAACAAAUGGAUGUGGAAGCAGAGGAGGAAGAUGACGAUGACUUGGCUCUGCUUGGAGGUUAUGAUAGUUGUCGGCAGUACAGUAGCAGUGAAGACAGUGGCAGCACCUCCUGCCUGGAAGAUUCUAGUGAUAAUGAGGGGGGAGAUCGAGAAGCUGGAGAAAUACCAGCAUCCCCAUCAAAGAUCCAGACACCUACAGCCCGAGUGCCAGAUUAUCAUGGAUUUGAACCAGCUGUCUGUGAGAUGUGUGGUAUUGUGGGUACAAAAGAUACCUUCUUCUCCAAAACAAAACGUUUCUGUAGUGUCUCCUGCUCCAGAAGUUAUUCUUCAAAUUCCAAGAAGGCCAGCAUCCUGGCAAGGUUACAGGGCAAACCACCUACGAAAAAAGCCAAAGUCUUGCACAAGGCAGCCUGGUCUGCUAAAAUUGGAGCAUUUCUUCACACACAAGGGACCGGACAGCUGGCAGAUGGAACACGUACUGGCCAGGAUGCUCUCAUUGUGGGCUUUGACUGGGGAGCAUACUUGCUGGACCAUGGAUGCAAGGCUGCCCCUGUUAGCAGUUUCAAACAUGUCCCCCUUUAUGACCAGUGGGAAGAUGUGAUGAAAAGGAUGAAGGUGGAAGUUUUGAACACUGAUUCUGUGCUUCCCAGUCGUGUGUAUUGGAUUGCCUCUGUUGUUCAGAUUGCAGGAUACAAAGCACUGCUACGUUAUGAAGGAUUUGAGAGCGACUCCAGCCAUGAUUUCUGGGUCAACUUGGGCACUGUGGAUGUGCACCCUAUUGGCUGGUGUGCCGUUAACAGCAAAAUCCUGGUGCCACCCCAGACUAUCCACGCCAAGUACACAAACUGGAGAGAGUAUCUCAUGAAGAAGCUUGUGGGGGCCAGGACAGUCCCAGUGGAUUUUCAUAUAAAGAUGACUGAAAGCAUGAAGUAUCCUUUCCGCCAAGGCAUGAGACUGGAAGUGGUAGAUAAGACCUGUGUCUCCCAAACACGUAUGGCUGUAGUGGACAGUAUAAUUGGUGGCCGGCUGAGACUUCUUUAUGAAGAUGGGAACAGUGAUGAUGAUUUUUGGUGCCACAUGUGGAGUCCCCUAAUCCAUCCUGUAGGCUGGUCCAAAAGAGUUGGCCAUAACAUAAAGAAAGGAGGGGAGAGGUUUCUGAAGUCCACCAGUGUCAAGAGUCAAGGUAAUGUAGAAAGGUACAAUGAAAUGGCCAACCACCCAACCUUCCGGAAGAUCUACUGUGAUGCUGUUCCAUAUCUUUUCAAGAAGGUGCGUGCAGUCUACCCAGAGGGUGGUUGGUUCGAGGAAGGGAUGAAACUGGAAGCCAUUGACCCUUUGAAUUUGGGCAACAUUUGUGUGGCUACUGUUCGUAAGGUACUGUUAGAUGGCUAUCUCAUGAUUGGCAUUGAUGGUACAGCCUCAGAGGAUGGUUCUGACUGGUUUUGUUACCAUCCUUCUUUGUAUUCCAUUUUCCCUGCUGAUUUCUGCAAGAAGAACAAUAUUGAGUUGACCCCUCCUAAAGGGUAUGAUGCUAAGACCUUCAGUUGGGCAUGUUAUCUAGAAAAUACCAAAUCAAAAGCUGCACCAACACGACUCUUCAACAUGGAUUGUCCAAAUCAUGGCUUCAAAGUGGGCGCCAAACUGGAAGCUGUUGACCUAAUGGAGCCAAGGCUCAUCUGUGUGGCCACAGUAAAUCAGGUGGUCCAUCGACUCCUAAGAAUCCACUUCGAUGGCUGGGAUAGCGAAUAUGACCAGUGGGUGGACUGUGAGUCUCCAGAUAUCUAUCCUGUGGGUUGGUGUGAACUGAUAGGCUAUCAGCUGCAACCACCAGUGGUUCCAGAGCCCGUGUCACCUCUCCCAACCAAGGAUGUACCAAAGAAAAAGCGGAAGCCAUACAGAAAGAAAAGAAAAAAGGUGACCACUAAAUCCCGUUCGGUCAAGCAACCAAUGAAGAAAACAAGUGCAUCAAAAGCAAAGGAGGAAAUAAAAGCUGCCCCUAAAAUACCAGCUUCCAAAGCAGCGGGAGAUACACACCCAGCAAGCAAGCCUUCAUCAAAACCAGCUUCUGAUGAAACAGUUGUUGUGCAAGUGAAAGAAGAGACUCUUGAUGGCUUUGCACUGGAAUUGGGAGCCUCACAGCUGCCAGUACCGAUCGGCUGCUUAAAAGAUGAAAACACGGAACUGGAAGCCCCAAGGAGCCCUGUGGGGAUCGGCUGCCUAAAAAGCGAAGACAUGGAAACGGAAGCCCCUACCAGCCCUGUAUUGAUUAGUUGCUUAAAAGAUGAAGAUGUUGACUAGAGCUUCAGGCAGAAAGGAGACACAAGAGUCUUUCACAGUAGUUCUCAAGGGCAGGAUUGGACUCCCUGAUCUCUUGGUGGCCAGGGAGACGUCAUGUGUUGGCCCAUUCUAAUAAUCUGGGGCCAUAUUUCUCCUCCCCUGGAACUUGGUGGGCUACACUUCCUUCCACAUUCCCAGUUGUCCCCGAAGUGACAGCUUGUGUCUUCAGAAACUUUGGGAGUAUAUUUUGCCAUUCAAAGGUAGUCCCCACCAGGCCUGUUUAAAGCUGGAAGAAAAGAUUUUCAGUAAGUGAACACCCUAGAACAGGAUUGGCAGGAAGUGGUAUCCUGUUUAAUUAACGAAUAGCGCCCACCCUCAAGAUCCUGGUGAUGCAAAGUUGUAUUUGGAGGUCAGUCUUUUUUCAGGAUCGAGUGGGAUUAGUGUUUGGUGGGGGGGGUUGCAUGCAAUGUCCCUUCACAAGCUGCGCUUUCCUCAGCUCCAGGUUACAUGUUUCAAAGCUAUCAUUCUUUCAUAGAAGAUUCUUCCCUCUCCCCAACAUUAAGAAAAAACUGAUUCUGUCAAUUUAUUCUGUACUUUUUAUAGCAAAUGUUCUGCGUCAAGAAAGGCUUAGAGUUCCUUUCUCAUUGGGCUCACAAGAACUGAGUAUGAACCCCUUGCUUAAGAACUCUGUGGGAAGGGGAGAGGCCAUUUCUGACUUGCAUCAGUCAAGUCUGCGCUUUAGCCCUGUGUAGUCAUUCUGAAAUCCAAAACCAUCUAUGCAGUUACAGAGGAGACAAGCUCCAUAACAUUCUUUAUCACUUUACUCAAAUGAACAGUGACAAGCCUGAAGAGGAGACCCAUCUAUAGCCUCUACCCAUGAGCAAGAACCUUGGGAAAUCUGGCUUCUUGCUCAUGCGUAGAACUUAAGCAGCAGCAGGGCCCUUCUCUUGAAACCUGUUCUGCCUAUGUGAGCAAAGUGGCAAGGGACAGGGAUGCUAUUUGAAAUUGUAUUAUUAAAAGCUUUUUAAUUUUUUUGUGCUUGUUUGUUGAAUAUAAGAAGUGAAAGACUGUGAAUUUUUAUAUUAAAAUAAAUUUAAAAUACA